AUUGUAGAUUCCCUGCUGUGUGACAAGUAAUGGCAAGUCAUAGAGUUAGAGAUUUAAAGCUGCUCUUUAAAGUGCGUUGUUUCUACAAUCUUUCAUGAUACUCAUAUUUCUUUUAACGUGGGCUCCACAGGAAUUCUGGGUGGAAAUCCUAGUUAGACAAGCUGCUUAGUAAGGACCAUUUUAUUAACAGGUGAAUAAGUUCAAUUUUACAAAGAAGAGAGUAAAGACAUUGCUUGAAACACGUGGGGAUUUUCACCAUAGUUUGGUACUUGGAGUGAGUGAACAAUUUUUCCCUAUCUAAGUAGAGAGUUGUGAUAAAUACCUUUAACUCUGGUCAGAGUGGAUACAGACAUAUAUUGUGGAAGAUAUGAAGGUUAAUUAAACACAUGUGGCUCUGGGUAGAGAGCUGAACAGAUGGAUACAUUUUGGCUAAUGUCCUGAAUUUUAAAUUGGUUUUUGGUAUUAGACUUGAUAGAAGAUGUUUAAAUUUGUCUAAAGGAGAGUACAAAGGGGGGAGCCAGAAGCAGCCGCCAGCAUGGAUGUGUUCCUCAUGAUCCGGAGCCACAAGACCACCACCAUCUUUACAGACGCCAAGGAGUCGAGCACGGUGUUCGAACUGAAGUACAUCGUCGAGGGUAUCAUCAAGCGGCCGCCAGAGGAGCAGCAGCUGUACAAGGACGACCAGCUCCUCAAUGAUGGAAAAACUCUGGGCGAAUGUGGCUUCACCAGUCAGACAGCAAGGCCACAGCCCCCAGCCACAGUGGGCCUGGCCUUUCCAGCAGAUGACACCGUUGAAGCACUGCUUAUUGAACCCUUCUCCAGCCCUCGGAGCUUCCAGAUGUGAUGAAGCCACAGGAUUCUGGAGGCAGUGCCAAUGAAGAAGCUGUGCAGUGAGGGCCCCAGGCCUAUCCCUUAGAAACCCACUCCCCCAAUAAAAAAAGAUUUGGCUGUCUAAAAAAAAACAAAAAAAAAACAAAAAAAAGGAGAGUACAGAGAUUAUGAGAAUCACAUGGGGAUUUUCAUGCAUGGAUCGAAACUUAGGUCGGGAAAAAUUAGUCCCUGGAUCCACUUAGAGUAUCCAAUGUUACUUACCAGUAAUUAAGGUUCAAUAAAAUCUGUGACUCCGGGUAAAGAGCUAAACAG